UCAACAACACACUGCUGCUAUGGCUUCCUGUAAACUCAUGCUGUAAAUUAUCUCUGAAGAUGUCCUGGCUAAAGCUGUGCCCACUGCUGCUCCAAUGCUUACACAGAACACUAUACAGAAGAGGAGGCAGAGCCUCUGGGUGAUGAUCCCAAUUAUGUUGAUAUGGCAGGUUUCCUACUGGCCCACAGAGGCAAUGGAAUAUCAAGAGAGAAAAGUAGUCACUGUGGGUUCGUCUGUAUUCCUUUCUGCACCGGUAAAGAUACACCCCCGUCAACUCGUCCAGUGGGAAUUCAUCAGCAACAUCCCCCUCCAGGUCAUUGUGGAGCACAGUAACCUAACAGGCCGAAUGACCGUCCACCCACCCUACAAUGGCCGAGUCCAGUUCAAUCCAGAGAAUAGCUCCCUCCUGUUGAAGAACGUGCAAGAGACUGACAGUGGCAUCUACAAAGUUGUUAUCGAUCUGAAUGAAAAAGAAGCCAAGAAAACUCUACUGAAAGUCAUCAAACCCAUUUCCAAACCCCAGAUGAGGAUCACCACCAUGCUCACAGGUUCCGCUACUACACUAUCCUGUGAAGUGGCAGAAGGCCAAGUGGAUGCAGUUGUUUGGAUGAAGGAUGGACAACCACUGCCACCUGAGAAAUGUUACCAAUUUUCUGCCAACCAGAGCGUUCUCUUUAUAAAAAAACUUGAGAGAUCAGACUGUGGGUCAUUCUCCUGCAAUGUCAGCAAUGAAAUCCAGUGGCAGGAAGCUUCUCUAAAUGUCUCUGUGGAAGGUUUCCCAUCCAAUUUUCAGUGGGCUCUGGUAUGUGCUGCUGUUGCCGUGGUAAUUUUUGGAUUCUCUGCCUCAGUUUUCCUUUUCCUCCUAUUUAAGCAGAAUAAACAAAGAAUAGCUCUUCCAAUGACCUUGUGUGCCACAGCAUUUAUUGGUAUAAUCCUGUUGGUGAUAUCAGUCUCUUUUAGUGUCAGAACCAUCUACGACUUCCAAGGACAAGGCUGCUCUGACCUCUCUCACCUGACAUUCAGCCUGGCCAUUCCAGCUCUGGUAACCUUCAUUCCCUUCCUAGUCCUCUUUGUCAUAUAUUUCAGGAAGAAGAAAAGAUCCAUUUCGGAAAAGCAGAAGACAAGGAGCCACCAUGAUCGUGAUGAAAUUCUGAAUGACUCCAGUACCCUAGUCAAUGAAACUGAGUUGAAAAGUUGCAAAAGUAAUACUGUUCUAAGAGCACCACAUCAGUCAGACUUUUGAAGUAAUGAGUAUCCUUGUUGAAAUUUUUCAAUGUGACCUGUUUCUCAAAUAAAGUUUUUUUCACAUCAA